AUGAGCUCGUCCAUCCAAGUCGUAGAGACCAAGAAUGCGCCUGCAGCAGUAGGCGCUUACUCCCAGGCGAUAAAGUACAAUGGCCUGGUCUACACUUCGGGCACCAUUCCCCUUGACCCGGUCUCCAUGAAGAUCAUCGAUGGCGCCAUCGAAGAACAGACGACUCAGGUCUUCACGAAUCUCAAGGCAGUCCUGGAAGCCUCAGGAGCGUCGCUGUCAAGCGUGCUCAAGACGACCGUCUUCCUCAAGGACAUGAACGACUUCCCCAAGUUCAACGCCGUCUAUGCCAAGUAUCUGCCCAACAAGCCCGCUCGUUCGACGGUCCAAGUGGCUCGACUGCCCAUGGAUGUCCUCGUCGAGAUCGAGGCACUCGCUCAUAGACAAAACAGCGAGAAAGGUGCAUUGUUGUUGACAAGUAGCGCAAAAGAGUAG